AUGGAGGAAGAGAACCAUAUCAGUCAGCCCGCCGACUCGGUGGAGAAGGCGGCCGAUCAAUGCGAGGCCCAAAACAUUCCAGACAAGGAGGAUGCGGAUACUACGGCUGUACCCGAGACCGCGGAAAAGGACGACAUUCCAGCCGUGGACCCAGAGAACUCUACCAACACCACCACCGACGCCACGACAGAAUCAGACAGCACGAAGGACACACUCGGCCAAGACGAGCCGCAACCAAAUGCUGAGGAUUCCCUCGAGGACGACUCGCACAUCAGUCUCCGGGGAGAGCCAGAAUUUGACUCCCAUGAAGAGCCACCAGCUGUAGAGGAACCAACACAUGAAGCUCGUUCCGAAGCCGACCACGACAAAGAUGAAGCAUCACCAGAUGCCAUCGCCGAAGAACAACAAAGUCAUGACACAGAAGAGCCUACACUCGAUUCUGAGCUAGACGAAAGCCACGAAGAAUCACAACUCGAAAACCCAAGCGAUGAUGCAGAGACACAGGAUGGUACUGAACUCUCUUCGAGAAGAGGGUCGGACGCAUCCAACUUGGAGAGACGUCACUCAGUAAGGACGGAGGCAUUGAUCCAGGCUGCUGCUCGAGCCGUAGUGUCAAUGAGGGAUCAAAAUGAGCACGACGCCACACAAGAAGAGGAAGAUAGUGCCGACGAGUCCGAACUGAGCUCUACAACACAUGAGACCGAAGACCCGGACGAAACCAUUCACGGUGAUGUGGACCAGGAUGGCCCAAGCCGCCCCGAAUCUUCCGCCUCCCGAUCUGUCCACUCCUCAGAAGGCGAUGGCGCCGAUAAUAGCACAGAGGACGAUGUGUUUAGUGAUCGCAGCCCUCGCACAUCCAUCCAUUCCUCAGACGAGCACUUCGAUGGGGAUUCGGUUGAGGCCAUGACUGAAAAGGGUGAUCAAUCACCUUAUGUGCGAUCCCGUGUCGCCUCUGGAGUGUCCACGUCUGGCGCAUCGGUGAUCUCUGAACAGUCUCGACUUUCACGUUAUGAGAAGGAGGAUUUCAUUCCCACCUCCCGUUCCAACAGGCCCGCAUUUCGAAGCCCGUCUUCUGUCAGAGCCAUGCAAAUGUCAUCCCCAACACCGUCUAAUUACUCAUCACCUACUCGUUCCAAGAGGCAGCAUGUUCUGCCCACAAUCUCACGGCUUGGAAGCCCGUCAGUGUCGGGUCAAUACCCGCCCAGAGGCCGAUCGACGCCAACACGCUUCAAGCGACCGGAGCCAGCACCGCUGGUCCUGCUUCAUGUUACACUUCUCCCACUCCGUUGGGCUUAUGGAGAAGUGGUGAAUUAUUUCGAGGGCAAGAAAGUUCCACCAGUCUCAUUCUCGAGUGAAGGAAUCAAAAACCUGCGUGCGGCGUGGCGUCAGCUGCAAGACCGCCUUGGCGACACUGAAAUGGAACGAGGAAUCCUCCUCCCUCACCCCCAGAAUGACUAUGAGGUUCUUGAGGAGCGUCUUUUAGAAGCCCUGGAAUUGCCUUUGCGACGCCGAGCCCGGAUUUUGGAGUGUGGCCACUACCUCGGGCCUUCGAAUGAAAUGACACCCAGUUCCGACAUCGAGGAUGAUUCUGAGGACACCAGCGAUGUUGACGAUUCCGAAGCUAGCGGCAGGAGAGAGAAGAGACAUUGGUGCAAGACCUGCCGAGGGGACAUCAAGUAUGAAGAGCUUGGGUCGGAAAGGGUUUUCCGCAUCAAGGUGUAUGCUAGCAACGGGCUUAUGAGUCCUGGAGCUUGGGAAGCCUGCUGGAAAGAGAUGGAGCGCGUUGAUAUCGAAGUAGAGCCUAUUACUGGCUCGCCUAUUCAACAUGAGCUGUCCAAGCUAGGUGCCACGUUUGACCAGGAGCACCAACAGCGGCUGGAUCAAGAGUCUGAAGAUCAAGAGCGUUUGCGAUUCGAAGAAGAGCAGCGCCUCCAGAUGGAGGAAGAGCGACGCCAACAAUUGGAAAUAGAGCGCCAACAGUUGGAAGCUCAGCGUCAGGAAUUCGAGGAGGAGCGACGCCGUUCUCUCGAGGAAUCGCAAAAGAAAUUGGAAGAGGAACGCCGACUGGCCGAGAAAGAGCAGCGUGAGCGCAUCGAGGAAGAGCGUCGCCAGCAGUUCGAGGAGGAACGUCAGCUGUUAGACGCUCAACGACGAGAAUUCGAGGAGCAACGUCAAGAGCUUGACAACCAACGAAAGAUGAUCGAACAAGAGCAGCGGCAACACCUCGAGGAGGCUCGACGCCAAGAACUUGAGGAGGAGCAUCGCUUGCUCGAUGAACAGCGCCAGCAACUUGAGGAAGCACGCCAACAAUUUGAGGUCGAACGUCGCCAGCGUCUUGAAGAGGAAGAGCUCAGGCGGCUGCAGAGAGAGGAAGAUGAGCAGAAGCAGAUGUCGUCUGCACGCUCCAUAUCUCGUUCAUCCUUUGUGGAGGACGAUCUUGCUUCACCAGCUCUUGAGACCGCCAGCUCCACAGAUGUUGACGGCCGUCGGCGUGACUCUGAGCGGCUUCGAGAAAUAUAUGGCAAUCAUAGUCGAACUUUGUCCGAGACCACGGCCACAAACUCAUCACCAGCGAUCCACAUUCACGUCGACUCAGGCCGGCAACGGGAAGAGGAGCAGAACUCUCGUCAGCUCGCCACCAUUCCUGCUCCACGCGACACUGAGGUGCAGCCCAGCCGAGUGCAUGCCGAUCCUCCACACUCUGAGGCUUUUAUUUCUACACCAACACCGGCCUCCCCGUCCGAGCAAGCUUACCAGAGACGAGAGGGUCGCCGGAGGUCCCUGGACUCUGCCUCGCUGGCAGAGCUAGUGGGCGAAUCGAUUAGGAUUCUUCUGCAGGACCCCAAGAACGUUGCAAUUGGUGUCCUUGUCGUCCUGAUUGCAAUGCUAGCUGGACAAUUUGCAAAGCGCGAUGAUCACGGUGUCGAGCUUUACAAGCCACAGCAACAUCACCACCAGUACCAGCACCAUCAGCUCGACAACCGGGAGCCUGUGGGACAGGUGAUCAUGAAUACGCCAGCCGUGCAGCGCAUCGAGACCAUGCCUCCACCACCAGUUGCGGAGACGGUCUACAAGACUGUAACCGAAUCGCCAAGCUCAUCACCAUCGCCGCUGGUGGAGACAAUAUACAAGACUGUCAUUGAAUCUUCUCACACACCAUCAUCUUCCCAGCACACCGAGACCGUCUAUCAAACGGUCAUUCAGCCUCCUGUCCAGGAGAAGUCGACUCCUAUUGUUGAGACGAUCUAUACCACAGUGAUAGAAUCUUUAGCCCAGCCCCACGCUCAAUCAGCAAACGCAGCGCUUGAGAACGCCCGUGAGUCAACACCUAGCCGUGCCGACCCCAGUAUUGAUUUGAACCCCUUGUCCUCCAUUUCGGGUGGCGAAUCCGGUAUCUCUGCCUCUCCGCCUACCCCCGUGUCUGAAUUUGGAUUUGUUGCUUCUUCCCCUCUUUCGACCGCCGAACGCGACCUUGCACCGGAAUCUUACUCUAACGAGGAUACUCUCAAGGCCAACAUUAGUGAGGAGGCUCUGGUUGAUACAGAGAUCGAGCAAAUCAUCGCAACAAUAUUCAACCCUACUUGCUACUUGAACAAGGAAACGCCCAACUCGGAUCCACGACCACUGGACAGCCUUGACCCUGAAAUUCCUACUACACAACCUGCAUACCCUGAGCACGAAGAAGACUCAAUCACCAUUGAAAAUGAAUACGACGAAGUGGAUAAUGGGCCAGUCGUGGAAAUGCCGUCGCUGUAUUCACGGUCUACUCCCUCAUCAAGCACAGCAGGCGCUGCCACCGACCAACAAACAACAGUGAGAGUUGCCGAGACCAUCACGGAGACUGUCAUCGUCACAGCCACGAGAACUAGCUUUCAGCAAGCAUUGAGCGCCACUGUGAAUGCCGGAGUAGUCGAGGCUUGA